AUGGGCGGCGAAAGCAACCACAACCGUGCGGUUGUAUACACAGAGCCCGGCACCACCCAAACGGAGGUCGUAGAACUACCGAUCCCGGAGCCUGGCCCCGGAGAGGUUUUGGUUCGGCUACAAUACUCUGGUGUCUGUCAUACCGAUUACGGCUUCUGCAUGAAUGCAUUCUCAUCGGUCCCAUUUCCUACACCAAAAGGUCAAGUUGGUGGCCAUGAGGGAGUCGGCGAAGUCGUCGCCGUAGGCACAGGCGUCACAUCGCCUGCGAUCGGCGACAGGGUAGGAAUCAAAUACGCGGCAGAUGCAUGUCUCAACUGCGAUCGAUGUCUUCAAGGCGGCGAAUCGUCAUGUGCACAGGUUAAACUCUCCGGCUACUUCACCCCCGGCACAUUCCAACAAUACUGCAUAUCGACGGCACGAUACGUCACUCCCGUCCCCGCAGGCCUCGAUUCAGCAGAAGCCGCCCCUCUCAUGUGCGGCGGCAUCAGCGUCUACACAGCCCUCAAGCGCGCCGACGCCCGCCACGGCGACUGGGUUGUCAUCGUGGGAGCCGGCGGGGGCCUCGGUCAUCUCGCAAUCCAAUAUGCCCGCGUGAUUGGGUGCCGUGUCUUGGCUAUGGAUAUCGGCAGCAAGGAGAAAUUCUGCCGCGACCUCGGGGCGACGGAAUUCGUCGACUUCACGGCCUAUCCCAGCGACGAAGACCUCACGGCGGCAAUCAAGAAGAUUACGGGCGGAGGCGCGAGAAUUGUGCUCAUGUGCUCGUCUAACAAGAAGGCCUAUGUGCAAUCACCAAAGUGGCUCGGAUUCAGGGGCAAGCUUGUAUGCUUGGGUGUUCCUGAGAACAGCAGCCCGGCGAUUGCGGACGUAGAACCCAUGCUCGUGGACGAGUUGACUAUUUUUGACUCGAAGCCAAGGAAUGUCUGGAGAUCGCAGCACAAGGCAACAUUAAAACUCACUUUCAACUUCGGCGGAUGA